AUGCUAAACGUCCACACCUCGGAGCAGCACGUGCAAGCUACCCAAACUGACAAUGUCUCAACGCCUUUUAUGUCCAUCAACAACCUCCCCAUGCCUUCCCCCACGCCCGCACCGCCCUCAGCCCCUUGCUAUCCCCCACGCCCUAGCCUCGCCCCCUCACCUCUCCCCCUUGGCGCGCACGUGCAGGACUUUGGGUCGCAGAAGCGGCUGGACACGAACGACUCGCUGCGCCUGGCGUCCACGUGGCACGGACUGCACGCCAUCGCCAUGCAGGUCACCACCGCUGCCCAUGGCUGCACCAAGUUCUUCAUAGCCACGGAGGUGGGCUUCACGGGGGCGCCCACGCUGCUCGCCAUCAUCUACGACCUCUACACCGACUAUGUGCUAAAAAACCUCUUCUAUGAGGUGCCCCUCUACACCGACUAUGUGCUCAAAAACCCCUUCUAUGAGGUGCCCCUCUAUAUCGACUAUGUGCUAAAAAACCCCUUCUAUGAGGUGCCCCUCUACACCGGCUAUGUGCUCAAAAACCUCUUCUAUGAGGUGAAGAUGCCCAUCCGAUGCGACCUCUUUGACCUGCACCUGCCCGCUGCCAUCCGCAAGGACUGCUCGCUGCUUGCUACUACUGGGGUGCGUCGUAUCCGGCCGAUCAUAGUGUAUGUGCACAGGCUGGGCGCAAUGUGGCGCUCCCAUGAUCAUUGCACAGUUUAG